UUGUGACAGCCAACUGUCACCUGGCUGGUGGUGGAGCGCGACGUUUCGGUGGAAAAUAAAAUAAAAAAAUCCCACCAAAUCAAAAUAAGCGAACAGCCGGCCGAGAGCGCCAGCGAUAACGUGCGCAGUAAGUUGUUGAUGUUGAUUGAAUAACCACGGAAGGGAUGAGCGAAAAACCGAAAGAACCCGCGCCCGGAGACGGCAUCCGCUCUAUGCGCUCGACCAACGUUUUCCGGGCCAUCAACUUUGAACUGUACGCAAAGCCCAAUGUCGUCGUAAUGGGAAUAGGCGUUGUUUGUCUCGGCAUCACGUUCGGUUACAUCGCCUACAUGCGAUCCAAGUACGAAGGUUUAGGCUACUACACGGCAGUGCAGGAAGACGGGAAGGAAGUGUUCGUAAAGCGGAAAUCGAAAUGGGAAUAAACCCCCGGGCGUUCGGUUUUCUUGCAAA